AGAUGUCUUCCAAUAAUGACCCUGUUGCAAUCCCGAUGAUAGAAAGAAAUCCCAGUGACCUUCCUGGAAUGGACACCAGUGACCCAGACACAUUGACUGGAGAGACUGUGUUGAGUUUUCAUAACAUCAGCUAUCGAGAGAUGGUGCAGAGUGGCUUUCCAUUUCGUAAAAAAACAGAGGUGAAAGAAAGACUAUCUAAUAUCAAUGGGAUCAUGAGACCUGGCCUCAAUGCCAUCAUGGGACCUGAAGAUGGGAGCAGAUCAUGGUUAUUGGAUGUCUUAGCUGCAAGGAAAGAUCCACGUGGACUGUCAGGAAAUAUUUUGAUAAAUGAAAAACCUCGACCUGCUAAUUUCAAAUGUAUUUCUGGUUAUGUACCACAAAAUGACGUGGUGAUGCAAACGGUGACUGUGAGAGACAAUAUAGAGUUUUCAGCAGCUCUUCGACUCCCAAUGACUGUAACAAGAGAUGAAAGAAGAAGGCGAAUUAAGGAGGUCCUUGAACUUCUGCAUCUGGAUAAAGUGGCAAAUGUCCAGCCUAGAUCUAAGGAGCUCAGGAAAAGGACCAGUAUAGCAAUGGAGCUGGUCACCAAGCAUCCCAUUCUGUUCUUGGAUGAUCCCACCACUGGCUUAGACUUGGUAACUACAAUAGAUGUCAUCUCGGUCCUGAGAAGGAUGUCUAUGAGGGGACAGACAAUCAUCUUCUCCAUUAAUCAGGCUCAGUACUCCAUCUUCCGAAUUUUUGAUAGCCUCACCUUAGUGGCCUCAGGAAAAGUCAUGUAUCACGGGCCUGCACAAGAGGCAUUGGAGUACUUCACAUCCGCAGGUUACGAAUAUGAUUCCCACAACAACCCUGCAGACUUCUUCCUGGACAUCAUUAAUGGAGGUUUCUCUGCUAUAUUAGACACAGAGGAAGACAGCCACGAUGCCAACAAAUAUACAGAGCUUUCUGAGAGACGGCACCAAGUCACAGAAAAAUUAGGCAAUAUGUAUACCAAGUCCUCCUUAUACAGAGAAAUGAGAACUGAACUGGAUCCACUUUUAAGGGAACAGAAGACAGAGAGGAGCUCAGCCUUGGAGGAGAUCAUGUGUAUCACCCCUUUCUGGCAUCAGCUCAGAUGGAAUAUCUCUCAUUCACUCAAAAAUAUCCAGGAUUUUGCACGGAUAAUUCGGCUAAUUAUCACAGCCAUACUGGCUGUGUUUGUGGGUACUACUUUCCGUGGCCUAAGAAAUGAUUGUGCAGAAGUCCAGGCCAGAGCUGGCCUGCUCUUCAUGGUCACCACCUUCCAGUGUAUCUCAAGUGUGUCUUCCGGAGAGCUCUUCAUGGCUGACAGGGAUCGCUUUCUACAUGAGCAUACCAGUGGAUACUACAGAGUGUCACCAUAUUUUCUUGGGAAAUUGCUGGGUGAGCUGGUACCCAGGAGGUUUUUGACAAGUACUAUAUUUACUGUUAUAGUAUUCAGCAUAGCAGGAGUAAACACAGAUGUGAAGGAUUUCUUUGCUAUGUCAUUUACCAUCAUGAUGUUGGCUUAUUCUGCCAGUUCCCUGUCACUGUCUAUAGGGGCAGGGGAGAGAGCAGUGGCUGUACCAACACUGCUUAUGACCAUCUACUUUGUAUGCAUGCUGUAUAUCUCAGGUCUAUCACUACAAUACACUGACUUCAUGCAAGACCCUGGAUGGAUUCAGUACUUCAACAUUCCUCAUUAUGGAUAUACAGCUUUGCAGCACAAUGAAUUCCUGGGACAAAACUUCUGUCCAGAACAUAACACAGCAGAAAUCAGUAAAUGUCAGAACUAUAUAAUAUGUACCGGUGAAGAAUUCUUGACAAUCCAGGGCAUCAAUCUCUCAUCAUGGGGCUUCUGGAAGAAUCACGUGGCCUUAGCUUGUAUAAUGAUUAUCUUCUUAUCAAUUACCUAUGUGCAGCUAUUAUCGCUUGAGAAAAAGAGAUGUUUUAAAAUCACCCUUCCACUUUCUUUGAAUUAGACUGACAU